AAGAACAACAGUUUCAGAACAGGGUCAAGAUGGAUACCACAGAAGAGCCUCAGAAAAAAGUCUUUAAGGCCCGAAAAACAAUGAGAGUAAGCGAUCGGCAACAACUUGAGGCUGUCUAUAAGGUCAAAGAGGAGCUAUUGAAGACAACUGACGUUAAACUGUUAAAUGGCAAACAUGAAAAUGGAGAUUCUGAUCUAAAUUCCCCUUUAAGCAACACAGAUUGCAUGGAGGACAAAAAGGAGGUUAAUGGUUUAGUGGAUAUAUGUCUUGACCCUGAAGAAGGGAGAACUGAAAGUGAGGAAAUCUCUCAUGUCAAAAGUCCUGAUGUCAGGGCAGAGAACAAAGAUGGUGACUUAGAUUGCAAACCUGAAACAUUGUCUCCAGAGAACGUUAUUUCUGAACAAGAGCAGGAGGACCCUAUUAUUGCUUCAGUCUCUGAGGGUGGAAAUCAGGUACUUGAUAACAAAAAAGAUGAUGACCUUCACGAAGAACACAGAAUAAAAGAUAGUUUGGACCAAAGAGAGACAGAGAGCCCAUCUGAAGGUGAAAGCAAAGUAAGCGGUGACGUUAAUGACUCUUCAGAAGAGAAAGCAGAAACAAAUGAAUUAGCUGUUAGUUCUGAUCUACCUGUUGAAGAAGAAAAAAGUGCUGAAGAAGAGGUUGUUGAUGAAGAUACUGUUGGAGAAGAAGCUAUAUCUAGCAGUAUGGAAACCGACCAGGAACCAAAGGAUGAAGGAGACCAAUCUGCAGAACUUCCAGAAACCACCAUUGAAAAGUCACUAGAAGAACCAAGCGAGAACAUCUUAGAAAACACAGACUCUAUGGAGACGGAUGAAAUAAUUCCAAUUUUGGAAAAGCUGGCCCCAGCUGAAGAUGAACUAUGUUGUUUUUCUAAAACUUCCCUGCUUCCAGUGGAUGACACAAGCCCAGAUUUGGAAGAUAAAAUGGAGAACUCUUUGGGUUCACCAUCCAAACACGAAAUCAGUGAAAGUUUGCCCAAAGAAGCUUUCUUAGUACUCUCUGAUGAAGAGGAGCCGUGUGGUGAGAAAGAGGAGGAUGCUGAAGUGGUACUACCAAACAAGACAAGUCCUCCAGAAGAGGUGGAAGAGGAGGAAAAAGAAAGCAAGGAACAGGAUAACGAGAGAGAAAAGGAGGAGCACAAAGAAGAAGAAAUACAUCCAGAAAAAAGUGAAGUGUCAAGAAGGAAGCGUUCCAAAUCAGAGGAUAUGGACAACGUACAUUCUAAACGUCGACGGUACAUGGGAGAAGAGUAUGAAGCAGAACUCCAAGUAAAAAUUACAGCCAGAGGGGAUAUUAACCAGAAGCUGCAAAAGGUCGUCCAGAGGUUGUUAGAGGAGAAACUCAGUGCCCUGCAGUGUGCUGUAUUUGACAAGACUUUGGCAGAUCUGAAAACACGAGUAGAGAAGAUAGAAUGUAGCAAGAGGCAUAAAACUGUGCUUACUGAACUACAGGCUAAAAUUGCUAGAUUGACAAAACGUUUUGGAGCAGCCAAGGAGGACCUGAAGAAAAAACAGGAAAAUCCACCAAACCCACCUCUGUCUCCAGGGAAAGCAGUGAGUGAUACAGGCAGCAUCAGCAACCUAACCUAUCGAAAUGCCAGCACAGUGAGACAGAUGCUGGAGUCCAAGAGAAACAUAGGAGAGAGCACAUCAGCACCUUUUCAACCCCCCAUGAAUGCAGUGUCUGCUCCCAGUCUUGCUGCUCCUCAGACAGUGGUCAGUGGACAGCCCAAACCUCAGACUCCUGUGACCUCCAGCUCCAUGACAACAUCAGUUCUCCCUACAGCCAACACAGCUACAGUAGUUGGCACCACACAGAUGCCCAGUAGCAACACUCAGCCCAUGUCUGUCUCACUGCAGUCUUUGCCAGUAAUUUUGCAUGUUCCGGUUGCAGUAUCCUCCCAGCCUCAGCUCCUGCAAGGCCACACAGGGACUUUGGUCACCAACCAGCAGUCAGGCAAUGUUGAAUUUAUAUCUGUACAAAGCCCUUCUACUGUUGGUAGCCUUGCCAAAACUCCAGUGUCUCUGGCGUCUACUAACCCAGCUAAACCAAAUAACAGCCCUUCUGUGCCCAGCCCUGGUAUUCAGAGGAACUCUCCGGCCAGUGCUGGGUCAAUAGGGACAACACUGGCAGUACAGGCUGUUUCUACAGCACAUCCUGUUGCCCAAGCCACAAGGACUACUUUGACCACAGUGGCUACUUCAGGACUGUAUAAUCCUACCAGCAAUCGGGGUCCCAUACAGAUGAAGAUCCCACUCUCUGCAUUCAGUAGUCCAGCUCCCACUGAACCAAGCACCAUCACAGCACCUCGAGUUGAGAGCCAGACAAACAGACCACCAACUGAUGCUUCAACAAAUAAGAGACCAAUUGAGAGCACAGCACAGAGUGGGAAGGUCACAGGCAGUGACUCAGGAGGUGUCAUUGAUCUCACCCUGGAUGAUGAAGAUGAUGGCUCUUCCCAAGCAGAUGCCAAGAAGCAGAAUCAGUCGGGCGUGUCUGGAAUGGGUCUAUCCUCCCAGCCCUUGGCUCGCCCACUGCAGCCUUUACAGGCGACUCCUCUGCAGCAGACAGGUGUGCCAACAAGUGGGCCUUCCCAGACCACCAUACACGUACUACCUACAGCUCAGACAACAGUGAAUGUAACGCAUCGUCCAGUGACUCAGGGUGCUGCUAGGCUCCCCAUACCGAGAGCCACUGCUAACCACCAAGUGGUCUAUACUACCCUUCCUGCACCACCAGCUCAGAAUCCAGUGAGAGGUGCCGUCAUGCAGAGCCCUGGUUUAAGGCAGGUCAGCCCACAGAGUGCAGGUUUGACAGUGCGAAUGCCUCAAACAACUGCCUAUGUUGUGAACAACGGGCUAACACUUGGAUCUGGAGGCCCUCAACUCACGGUGCAUCACCGGCCACCACAGGUGCAUGCUGAGCCGCCACGUCCUGUGCACCCAGCACCACUGCCAGAGGCCGCACAACCACCACGCCUGCCCCCUGAAGCUGCCAGCACCUCCCUGCCUCAGAAGCCACAGCUGAAGCUGGCACGAGUGCAGAGCCAGAAUGGUAUUGUACUGUCAUGGAGUGUCAUGGAAGUGGACCGGAGCUGUGCCAGCGUGGACAGUUACCAUCUGUAUGCUUACCAUGAGGACCCGAGUGCCACCAUGCCUUCCCAGUGGAAGAAGAUUGGGGAGGUAAAGGCCCUCCCGCUGCCUAUGGCAUGCACUCUCACGCAGUUUGUAUCUGGCAGCAAAUAUUACUUUGCAGUUCGGGCUAAGGAUAUUUAUGGACGCUUUGGACCUUUCUGUGACCCCCAGUCCACAGAUGUGAUCUCUUCCCAGAGCAGUUAAACCAGAGACCUUUGGAGCCAUUAAAACUUUCCCACUAUCAAGAGUGACUCCAGUUUGGGAUUUUAAUCCCAUACAUGAAAUUCACUGUUCAAUUCACUCUCUUUAGGAUUAUUUUGGACAGCCCUGUGUGAUACACUACAUCUAUUGAGAACCCAAAGCAAAAUUUAAUUCUCA